AUUGUCUUUUAAUGUUGGAAAUAUGAUCUAUUUGAGUUUUUUAUUUAUUUCAUUUCAAUGGAAUCUUUAUGCUGCUACAAUGACAUGAAUAAAUCAUUGUUUUUGAUUGAUUUUGCAGAGAACUUCCGUUCAGCAGUCCAAAUAAGCUUUAUAGUUUUGGACCAUUUAGAUGGACUAGUAGCUGAUCAAAUUUACGCGAGCUGCUUGAAUUUUUUGAGUGUUAAACUACACAUAGAAAAAUUAGGUAUAAAGGUGUGAGUUGGUGAGUGAAUAUCGAGUGUGUUGGGCACUUUAAUUGCCCCACGUUAUGCGAAUGCAAAGUGCAGUGCGUGGGACCGAAGCGGCGGGUGUGCUGGAAGUGUGCACAUUUAAUGUACGCCACGGUACUGUGGCAGUGGAAGUGCAAGUGUUUCGGAAUAUGGAACGUUUUCCUCGAAGUGGAGAUAUUUCGUCGUCAAUCCCAUUCAGUGUGGAGGAAUUGGACGAGGAACAUUCAGUGCAAGAAAGGGUACCACUUAAUGCAAACCCUGAAAGUGCGUUCGAAAGUGCGCUGGGCAAUAAUGCAGCAGAAGAUGACACUUUUGAUCUGGAUGAACUCUUACCGUCAAUCUCGGAAUUUGGGAAAUAUCAGAAACUCUUGGUAUUCUUAAUAUGUCUUCCGGCAUGUAUACCAUGUGGCUUUGGAGCUUUCAAUCAGCUUUUUAUGGCGGACUCCCCAACAGAUUACUGGUGCACAGUUCCUCAACUCGAAAACAUUACAAAUAUAUCUGCAAUAGAUAGACGAAAUUUGGCUAUUCCUACAAACGAAGAUGGGUCAUUUAGUAAAUGUGAGAGAUAUAUUGUAAAUUGGACUGAAGUAUUAGAAAAUCACCAUGGAGAUUUACAGGGAUUCAGUAAUCCGCAAAAUACAUCAUGGCCCAUUGAAAAGUGCAUCGAUGGAUGGGAAUUCAAUACAACUGAUUCGCGAUCGUCCAUUGUAAUCGAUUUUAAUUUGGUUUGUCACCGUGAUAUAUAUCCAACUGUAGGACUAUCUGCACUAAACAUUGGUGGUCCAAUAGGCGUAUAUUUCUUUGGACUACUAAAUGAUCGAGCUGGAAGGAGAAUAUCCUACUUCUGUUGCCUCGCUACGCUUCUUUUUGGUAGUUUUCUCACAGCAAUAAGUGUCAAUUUCUGGACAUGGGCCGUAAGUAGAGCCGUCGUGGGACUUACAGUACCUGCAGUCUACCAAAUUCCAUUUAUACUAGCACUAGAACUCGUGGGACCUUCCUAUAGGUCCUUUGUAACAGUUAUGACGUGUACUUUCUACACGUUUAGUUUGAUGAUAUUGGCUGGUGUUACAGCCAUCAUCGACGAUUGGCGUGCCCUAUCGCUAUAUACAUCAGUUCCAUUUCUUCUCUACUUCCUGUAUAUAUUUGUUAUGCCGGAAUCUCCACGAUGGCUCCUAGCACAGGGACGACUUGAGGAAGCGCUGAAAAUUCUUGAAAUAAUGGCAAAGGUGAAUGGGAAGACUUUUCCAAGUUGGUUUCGUGAGAAGUUACAGCAAAGGAUGGCGUACAGGAAAUGUACUGGAAAACAAGAUAAACCACAGAGGAGAGUUGGUGCAUUUGAUUUGUGCAGAACACCAAAUAUGCGCCUUAAAACAAUUCUCAUAACACUAAAUUGGUUUGCCAAUGAAACCGUCUAUUUGGGAUUGAGUUACUAUGGCCCAGAAUUGGGGGAUAAUGCGCACUUGAGCUUCUUCUUCUCAUCCCUUGUGGAGAUUCCAAGCUAUGUAUUGUGUUGGAUUAUCAUGGAUCGAUGGGGUCGUCGUUGGCCACUCUGCUUACUCAUGAUUCUCGGUGGAAUCAGCUGUAUUGUAACGGUGAUGUUACCUGAGGAAGCUAAAUUGGAUACACUUGUGCUCUUCUUAAUCUCCAAAUCCAUGAUCUCAGCAUCUUUUCUUAUUAUUUAUCCAUUUGCCGGGGAAUUGUAUCCAACUCAAGUACGUGGUGUUGGAAUUGGAACUUCUAGCUAUAUCGGAGGUUUAGGACUUAUUGGGAUUCCAUUUAUAAAUUAUCUGGGUAAAGAUAACCUUCGUCUGCCGUUGGUUAUAAUGGGUGCAGUAUCAGUUGUAGGGGGAAUCACAGGUCUUCGUUUGCCAGAAACACUCCAUCAUUGUCUACCGCAGACACUUGAAGAAGGCGAAAAGUUUGGUAAAGAUUGGAAUUGGCGCGAAUGUAUCCGAUGCAUUCCACUACGUCCGGCGGAGCCCACAGCGAAUUUAUAUGAGACUUUAUCAAAGAAGGACGAACCCCAAAGUGAUGUUGAACUCAAAAUGUCCAAAGGAAAGUACUUAAAGGGCAAAAGUUCGGACAAGGGGGACAGAGGGCACAAAGAAAGGAAUUCAAUGAAGCGCCUUGUCCGACAGUCGAGCACAAUGGAUACCCAAAAAACCCAUGAUGGUGCUAUGCAACUUACAUACUGGUUCUAAUUUUGGUUCUAAUAUUCUUUGACAUUUUUUAAGCUUUAUUAAGUUUAAUUUUUAGUCUAAUUUGAAUCAAUUCUGCUGCUUAUGUGAUUUUAUAAUUUUGCGUUUGCGAUACUCAUAUUAUGUAUGUGUACAGAAUUAGGGAUAGUGACAUUAACCCAGAUAUGCUCAGAAUUUUUAAAAAUUUUCGCAAAAUCUGACUUCAAAAUUAUCUAGAAAAGUUAAUUCUAAAACUCCUUUAAUUGAAUCUAUUUUACUAAUGAAAGUAAAAUUGUCGAGGGUUAAGUUGACAAAUUUGGGUUGAUAAAGAAUUCCAUAUAUGCAUUGUAAAUUUUUUUUCUGAAUUAAUCUAAUUAAUAAAUUUAAAAAUAAUUUACAA